AUGUCCACAAAACCGCUUUGGUACCGUUGGGCAAGAGUUUAUUUAGCAGGAGCAUGUUUAACAGGGGUAGGAGUAGUAUUAUACAUGACGAUAAGACCAUCAGAUGAACAAUUGAUAGCAAGCUUUUCACCUGAAAUAAGAGCAGAAUAUGAAAGGAAUAAAGAACUAAGGCAACUAGAACAAAAAAGAUUAAUGGAAAUUGUUAAAAAGACAUCAAAAUCAAAUGAUCCUAUUUGGAAAACCGGACCUAUUGGAUCACCAUUAGAAAAAGAUCAAAGAAAUCUAAGUAUGGAAUUAGUAGAUCGUGAAUUAUUUCAUAAAACUAAAGCUGAAGAUGAACAAAAGAAAGCAAUUAGUCGGAGUGUAGAGGAAAGUAAGGAAUUAGAAAGGUUAAUUAAAGAAAAGAAUCUGAAAAAGCCUUGGUGGAAGAUAUUUUAA